AAAGUAGCUACUCUCUUCUAAUUUGGUAAAGCAGUGAAUAAUUGUCUUAAUAAUAGUUUGCAUUGCUAAAACAAAUAAAUUGAAUGCAUGGUCCCUUAACAUUGUGGUGAAGUCCUUGAACUUUUCAUAAACAUUUUAGCACCUGAACUUUCCCACAUACCACAACUGCACCUGUAGGCAUCCCAAAUAUCUUACACUCCUUAAGCCAGCUCCCUAGGCAUAACAGUGUUCUAUAAAAUGAUCUUUUGGCCCCUUCUUUCCUGAAUUCCGUUACCCCCCUCACUUUAUUUGAAGUUGAGCCUGAUGGUUGUUUCAUUGGAAAAAGAGUCAUGCGCUAAAUGCAUGCAUGACUUAAGGCAUCUGUAGUUUUGGAACAGCAGAAAGGAGCUAGAGAUGAGAUUGCAAAAUAUGGUAUAGUUCAGGUACUACACUGAGUGAAAAUUCAAGAGACUAAGUUGCAUAAUUGAGAAAGUUGAGGGACUAGCUGUAUAUAUCAUCCAUAAAUAUGAUCACAUUCUCUCGUAGUAUAUAUUGCAAUUUGAUUGAUCUGUCGUGCUUCCUGUACUUUGCCUCUAUGUAGUUUCAUGGUUGUCUCCCUCUUUUUGGAAACUUAUCUCUUUUGGCACAUCUGUUCAUCUAUACUCCGAUCCCGGAGGGCAGUGUCUGAAUUUCUUUGACGUAAUCAAAGAUAUUAUCCUCAUGAAGUUGGUCGUCUUGCCACGCUUCUUUUGGUAUGUUUGUUAUUCUUUGGGCGGUGCUGUUCUAAAUAGAAUUAUCCAGCCAUAUGAAUCCCAUAUUCCUUAUCUUCUUCAUUUUUUGGUUGACUACAACUUGUAUGGAAUGAGCCACAUACAUGUCUCAAAUGUGAAGUUUCGUCCUCCCUUGCCCGAUUCCUUUAAAUCCCAGAUAUCUUGUUGCACGGCGCAAUCUAUUGAAUUGGAAGAGAAACCGACCUCUGUUUCUUCUAGUUUACAGGCAGAUUCGGAUAGUGAUGCAGUUGGCAAGCAAGCAAUAUGGAUAUCUUCUACAAUUCCAAGCGCUUUAAUAUGGAAAGAUUUGGCUGAUGGACUUGAUGCCAGAGAAACUACAAAAGUCGGCUUAGUUAAACGUCAGAGUACUUCGAUGCUCGAGGCAGACUCAAGUGUGGAUGACAUUCUCAAUGAAAAAUGUAAAAUCUACACAUCUCUUUCUCAAACUACAUCAGAUGUUAAAAUGGUUCAAUCGCUUAUACCAAUUUGGGAGGAGUUUGAACGAUCGGGAAUGCAGGAGGCAGGGAAGCUUCCUGACCUUGGUAAACCUCAGCCACGAGAUGUUUUGAGGAGUUUUCUCUGUGGUAUUGGGUACGAGAGUGCACUUGCUGAGUUGUUUUCAAAAGAAGAAACAUCUUUUCAAAAUGUUUCUUUUGUUGAAAAGGCUGAAAAGUUAGAGAAUCACAUUAAAGCAUUGACUAAGAUUGCCGGAGCAGAUAAACUUAGAGAACAUGGUAGUGCAAGCAACAUUCAUGAUGGGACGCUACAAUUUACUGAAGAAAGAAAGGAAGAUACAUUGUCAGCUACAUCUUCAUCCCAAGAAACUCAUCAAACUAUACCUUGUAAGACGACGAUUGAAAUGGCCUCUACUAGCCAUCAAGCAUCAUCAUCACAAAUACUUGAAGCACAAAAUUUGAAGGUAGGCAUGGAUACAGAAAUGCUUGCGCUCUUAAGCUGGUUGGCAUCUUCUCAGGCUGCAGAAGACUUGAAUUCAGAUGAUGAGCUUACAAGUGAAGCAAUUCUAAGUCCUUUAUUUCCUAUAAAAUCCUAUAAAGUUGCUUUAGAGACAGCUCAUCUGGAUUAUGAGAAUGCUUCCCAACAGGAAUGCCAGGAUAUUCUUGAUACCAUUGAAGGUGCCAUUAGGUCAGAGGUGCGGAAGGAAGAUAGUGCUUCAUCUGGUGAUACAAUACCUCAAGUAGAUGGAUCAUCUGAUGAAAACAAUAGAGCUUGUCAAGGAGGUGAUCGUAACAAUGAGAAGUCACCUUUUUAUCAGGCUGGUACGUGCAAAAGUACAAAGCAGGCCAGCAAACGAGGAAGAGACAAACUUCCAUGGGGCCCUUUGCCCCUUUAUUUUAGAAAAAAGCAGCAUGGAGACAUGAAGCCUGAUGCUGUUGAAUCAUCUCCAAGCAAAUCCAACACCUCGUCUGUGAGUGAAGGUGAAAGAAGCUGCAGUGCUUCAGUAGAGAGUGCAACUAUAGAACCUUCUGGUGGAGCAAUAGGAAAGGCUUUGACUGCAUGCUCUGUGAGGGACUUAAUGAGAAGAAAACGGUGCUUCCAACCUGAUCAGUCUGAAUCAGAAAGUUCUAGAGUAAAUAUAGUAGGUAAUGUGAAAAUGACUGAUAUGGUGGGUCUUUCCUCAAUGAAAGUAGAUUUUAUCUCAGAUGUUGAUUCUAGAGUUCUACAUGUUGAAGAGCGUGCCGCAUCUUCUGCAGCUUGCAAUGAAGAAGUUUGCUUAUCCCACACUUUUUGUCCAGAAGAGACAAAUUUGCAUAAUGUUGUUACCUGCACGAGUAAUCGGACUGCAGACCUUCCUUUAGCAGGGAACUGUGGAACAAAAUUUUGUAAUGUUUUGGGAGCUAGUUCAGCUAAUGGUGACUAUAUGGCAUCCACCAGUUGUCCUGUAAAAAAUGCUUCUGUUCCAUGUAUACAAAUGACUUUUACCCGGAAGCCACCCACUAGAGACCAAGUAGGCACAUCUUUUGAUGAUUCUCUAGGAACUCUUGGGUGCGGCGAUGAUCGUUUGGUCUUAAAUUCUUCCUUUUGGUCUGCUAGGCAGGGGUUGAGCGAUCUCCUGCCCUUUCACAAUAACAGUAUUGAAAAUAGCAAGCACUACAAAUCAAAGCAAAAUGAGGAAAGCUACAGUUUUCAGGAAUCCGCUUUAGGUGUUCCAACUCAUUUCCAGAAUGAUGGUUCAGCUUUAUACAUGCUGACACAUGCAUUUUUGCCACCAACUUCGGAGUCUAUUGACCAAUGGCUUCGUGAGGAAGCAGAGAAAGCUUGUUCAGAUGAUGGCUGUGGUGUGUCUGAUAGCAGCAUCUUGUUUUCUGAUCGGGAUCCUUCAUCGAAGUCAAGAGAUGGUUUAGGGAAUUCUAGAGAAGGCUUUGAUUCUCCCUUUCGUGAGAAAGUUUCGUGCUUUUCACAAGAUUCACUGGGAAAAAGUAGUGGUAAUGCUUCACCAAAAUUUAAAACUUCGGUUCAUUUGGAGCCAGAUGGCCCAGAUCUACCUAAAUCUGGUGAUGGAAACUGUAUUGAUCAGUUUGAAGAUUGUCGUGUUGGUGUUGAUGCAACUACUAGUGAAUCAAAAUUAGCUGGUGUGCAGAUGAAGCAAAAUACAUUGGUUGAUAGUUGGCAUGACUUCUCUCAGAUUUCUGGCCCAGAUGAGAAAUCCAAGCUCACUCCUCUAAGUCAAAUUGGAUUUUGUGAUCCUGCAAGUGCUGGUGGCGGACAACAAUUGACAAUAAUGAGCAUCGAGGUUCUUGCAGAUUGCAGAGGAGAUCUACGUCCUAAUCCUCAAUUUGAUGCCAUUAAUGUUAUAUCUCUUGCAGUUGAGGAGGACACAAGAUCUGGCAUUGAAGUCUAUGUGCUAAUGCGUGGUAAUGGUGAUGAAUUUUGCAGAAAUGUCGAUGGAGUUUCUGGCUGCAAUGCUAUUAUCUUCUCUGAAGAAAAACACCUUUUGGACCAUCUUGUAGACACAAUAUCUUCAAUUGAUCCCGAUAUUUUGAUGGGAUGGGAGAUUCAAGGUGGCUCUCUAGGAUUUCUUGCUGAAAGAGCAGCGCAUCUGGGUGUAAGCUUACUGAAAAGGAUUUCUAGGACGCCAACAUCUGAAAUUAAAGAUAAGGCUAAGCAUUCAGCUGAUGCUGAAGUGUGUAAUCACCUUCCUGAAGCUUCACUUACUGAUGCUGUUCUUGAAGGUCUCUAUGAGGAUGACUGGGGACGUGCUCAUGCCAGUGGUAUACAUGUCGGAGGAAGGAUUGUUCUAAAUCUAUGGCGUCUCAUGCGUGCAGAAGUUAAACUAAAUAUGUACAAUGUUGAAACUGUGGCCGAAGAAGUUUUGAGGCGGAAGAUCCCCUCAAUUUCAUGCAAAAUAUUGAAUCAGUGGUUUCUAAGUGGUCCUGGAAGAGCUAGAUUUCGAAGCAUACAGUAUGUUACAGAGAGGGCUAUUCUCAAUCUUCAAAUAAUGAAUCAACUAGAUAUGAUCAAUCGGACAUCUGAGCUAGCCCGUGUCUUUGGAAUUGAUUUCUUCUCUGUUCUCUCUCGAGGUUCUCAAUUCCGUGUUGAAUCUAUGCUCCUGAGGUUAGCCCAUACACAAAAUUAUGUGGCUAUCUCUCCGGGAAGCCAACAGGUAGCAUCACAACCUGCAAUGGAGUGUCUACCACUUGUGAUGGAGCCUGAGUCAGCUUUCUAUACUGACCCAGUUGUUGUCCUGGAUUUCCAGUCUCUUUACCCAUCCAUGAUAAUUGCGUACAACUUAUGCUUUUCUACAUGCUUGGGUAAAGUUGUUCCGUCGAUGUCCAACGUACUUGGUGUGAGCUCAUAUUCACCAGAUCCAUGUGUUUUGCUUGAUUUGAAAGACCAGCUUCUGUUAGCGCCAAAUGGAGUCAUUUAUGUUCCGCCAAAGGUCCGGAAAGGUGUGCUACCUCGUCUAUUGGAUGAAAUAUUAUCAACUCGGAUUAUGAUAAAGCAAGCAAUGAAAAAAUUGACGCCGUCCCAACAAGUGCUGCAAAGGAUUUUCAAUGCGCGACAGCUUGCUUUAAAGUUGAUAGCCAAUGUUACGUACGGUUAUACAGCUGCCGGCUUCAGUGGUCGCAUGCCCUGCGCGGAACUAGCGGACAGCAUUGUACAGUGUGGUCGUCGGACGCUUGAAACAGCGAUUUCAUUUGUCAAUGAACACCCCAAAUGGAAUGCUAGGGUUGUAUAUGGUGAUACCGAUAGUAUGUUUGUUCAUUUAAAGGGGCGUUCUUUGGAAGAAGCAUUUAGGAUAGGAAAGGAGAUUGCAUCUGUGGUGACUGCAAUGAAUCCCGACCCAGUUACACUAAAGUUGGAAAAAGUUUAUCAUCCAUGCUUUCUUCUCACUAAGAAGAGAUAUGUCGGUUAUAGCUAUGAGACUCCUGAUCAGGGACAACCAACAUUUGAUGCGAAAGGGAUCGAGACAGUGCGUCGAGACACAUGCCCAGCCGUUGCAAAGAUCUUAGAGCGUUCCCUCAGAUUGAUUUUUGAGCAUCAGGACAUAAACAAAGUUAAGUCAUACUUGCAGCGCCAGUGGACUCGAAUAUUAUCUGGGAAAGUAUCUCUUCAGGAUUUUAUUUUUGCAAAGGAGGUCCGCUUGGGCACGUACAGUUCUCGUGCAUCUUCACUGCCUCCCUCAGCAAUAGUCGCCACCAAAGCAAUGGCAAUUGAUCCGAGGGCUGAACCCCGUUACGGAGAGAGAGUACCUUACGUUGUAAUCCACGGGGAACCAGGAGCGCGCCUUAUUGAUAUGGUAGUAGAUCCUUAUGAACUCCUUAAAAUCGAUUCCCCAUGUAGACUUAACGAUUUGUUUUACAUCAAUAAACAAAUCAUCCCUGCGCUUCAACGCGUAUUUGGGCUUGUUGGGGCCGACUUGAACCGGUGGUUCAGUGAGAUGCCUCGGCCAGUCCGGCCUACUGCAGCUAAACGCUUAUCCUAUGCAUCACAUUCGGUGUCUAGCGGAGAUAGUAUGGUAAGGUACUCCAAGAAAGCUCAGGCAAAGAGUAGGAUCGAUACUUAUUAUGCUUCGAAGCAUUGUACCCUGUGUGGCAGCUUGAUUCAAAGGUUGGACCAUUUAUGUGAUGAUUGCUCGAACAAGGAAGCUCUUCUCGCCACGGUCUUAGCCGGGAAAACAUCGAAACUGGAGAGAGAGAUGCAACAUCUAGCUGCGAUAUGCCGGCAUUGCGGAGGGGCCGAUUGGAUUCUAGAGAGUGGGGUGAAGUGCACGUCCCUCGCAUGUGCGGUGUUUUACGAGAGGCGAAAGGUUCAGAAAGAGUUGCGAGCCCUCUCCGUAUCUGCGACAGAUGCCGGAUUUUACCCUCCUUGCGAGUCCGAGUUGUUUUAGUCCGUUUGUAACACAGCGAGGUUUGUAAAUUAACCGUGUAAAUGCUAUUCUGUAGAAUUAUUUCUUAUUCUGUUUUACCUACAGGAAAAUUUCUUCUUGUAUCAUUAUUAUAGAAAUUAAUUUUAAACAAGGCGCAGAUCCGGUUUUAGGCGAAAUGUAGCCUUUAUAAGAAUUCUUUUGUUCGCUGUAUAUUGUAAUACAGAUGUGAUUCUAUGUUAAGUUUCGUGCACUCUCAAAAA